AUUAAUGACUUGCUCAGUCAACAUUUGACUCACUCUUCUCAUCACUCAUCCAAACACCCGUCGUUCCUCUCUCCUCCAUUUUUCCCAGUCGAACACAAAAAAACGCGGCAUUUUCACACUCACACACCAACAACAGAUAGAACGUGUAAACUAAGUCGUCAAAUUCAAUCAAAUCAUGUCAAAUUCCUAAAUUUAAAACCCUAGGAGAGAGAAAAUCCAACACAUUCACACACACAUUCACACAGUCGCCGGAAAACUUCCGUCAAUGUAAAAUGGCCACAAAGCCAACGCCGUCUCCGGCGGAAACAAUCAACCGGAUACUUGAACAACUCUGUACUUCCGAUGACGUCAUCCCUUGGGAAACACCUCGUCGGUUCACCGUCUACGCCGGUCGUCUUCACCGUAUUAUUGUCAACCUCUCUCGUCUUCCGCCGGAGAUUCUAUAUUCUCCGACGGUUCAUACUGCGCUUAAAGGAAUCUCCGGCGACAUUGUUAAAGCUGCUGAAACGGUGUCGGUUUAUAGAGGGAGAAGUAAGAUUUAUGUGCUCAUGAAUUGUCGUUCUUUGUGUUGUUCUCUUCAAGAUCGAACUGUUGGAAUUGGUGGAUGGCUUGCGUUGCUUGAAACUGGUCUUUCUGGUUUUCCGGAUGUGAGGAAGAAAGUUUCCGAUCUUUCUAGAGACAUGAAGCAAGCUCAGUUCACUGUAACAGAGAAUGAAGAGAGUGUAUACUGCACGCUACAGAAAGAAGGGGAAGGAAGGCCAAUAACCAAACCAGUGCAGAGUGCCAUUAUAUUAGAUUUAGCUCGAGCUCUAGGGAUUGAACCUACUAACCAUGCCGAGUUAUUGCAACAUGUUGAGCUAUUGAAGAAUGACCUUGCACGUUCGAAUUCAGUGUCUGAGAGACGGAUUCUCAUGUCUUUGCAGAGAAUCAUAGACAGCUGGUCAGCAGAGCCAAACAUAUCAGCUUUGAGCCUAGAUUUUGACCUAGAUGACGAGUCCCAGAUUUUGCCUUUCAAGAAUUUUUUAUGUCCGUUAACCAAGGAAGUUAUGAAAGACCCUGUGGUGUUGGAGUCGGCGCAAACUUAUGAGAGGACUGCAAUUGAAUAUUGGUUUGAGCAUUGCUUGAAAGAUGGUCGAGAUCCCACUUGCCCUGUCACAGGUCAGGUGCUGAACUCGUUAGAGCAGAAGCCAAACAUUGGAUUAGCUGGGGCAAUUGAAGAGUGGGUUAACAGAAAUAUUGAUAUUCAAAUCAAGUCAGCUGUGAGCCAUCUUAGCAAGGAUCCACCUUCUUUAGAUUGUGUUGAACGUGUAUUGGAUACCAUUUAUAAGAUAUCAGAAGAGCAUCCAUCAAGCCGGUAUAAAAUUAGAAAUUCUGGCGUUGCUGUUCUAAUCAUUAAUCUGCUCAAGAAUUACUCCAAGAGCAUUGGCUCCCUUUUGAAAACCAAAGCUCUCAUGGCUUUGCUUACUAUGUCAAAGGACGAAGAUAGCAAGACUAUUAUGAUUGGGGAAGGCAUUACAAAAUUGGCUAUUAAUAGUCUUGGCGGAAGUAUAGAGAAAGAGAAAGAAUUUGCUCUGAGGUUAUUGGUUGAAUUUACAGACAAUGAAGCUUAUUGUGCUAAAAUUGCAUCGGAGAAAGGUGCAUUUCUUCUUCUUUCAAGCUUGGCAGAGAAUUUGGAGCAUCCUGGUUUGUCCAACUUAGCAGAGGAGGUGCUAAAACGUCUAGAGGUGAUUGAUGAAAAUGUUGAACAGCUGGUAGCAGCAGGACGACUUGAACCUUUACUUAGUCGACUUUGUGAAGGAUCUCGUAGCAUCCAAAUAGAGAUGGCAUCAUUGUUGGGGAAGAUGCCUUUGACAACUAGCAAUAAGGAACAAAUUGCAAAUCGAAGUGCAAAAGUUCUAGUUCAAAUGCUGUGUGAGCCAGAAACUAGGACAGCAAGUCUACAUGCAUUGUGCAAUCUUUCCUCUUUGGAUGACAAUGCAACUAUUCUUGUUGAAGCCUCUGUACUUCCAGCCAUCCUAGACAUUCUCCUUGCAUCUGAGAAUGCCCUUCCACAUCAUAAGGAGCUGGCUGCUGCUAUACUUGCCAACAUUGUGUCAAAUCCAGGGCACUGGGAAUUGGCAGAGGUUGACAAGGAAGGACAUUCUAUGCUUUCAUCUUUCAUUGUCUCUCAACUGAUGCGGCUAUUAUCUCAAGUAACCCCUCAGUGCCAAGUGUCUGUUCUUUGCAUCCUCUGUGGAAUUGCUUCUUCCCCCAAGGCAUGUGAGCAGGUAGCAACCGACAUAAUAUCCGGGGAUGGCUUUAAAAGCAUAAUGCAAUAUCUUGAGCACCCCCAGACUGAACAUAGAAUCCAUGCCCUUAGGCUUAUAAGGAUACUAUCUGGAAGUUCUGGUGGUGAUUUUUUUGAUGAGCUCAGCCGUGGAAACAAACUCGCUCUUUUGAAAGAGAAAUUAUUAGACACCGAGUCAACAAAUAGUGAACGAUCUGAUGCUGCUUGCAUACUUUCGAACCUUCCCCUGUCAGAAGAUGGAGUGAGGACAGUUCUAGGAGCUGAUUUCCUGAAAUGGACGGUUAUGACCCUCAAAGAACAUCAGCGCAUCCCCAAUGCAAGAACUUCGAGGUCAUCAUCAAGUAUGUUAGAAGGGCUUCUUGGUCUUCUACUCCACUUUGCUCGGAGCACAGACUCACAGACACUUGCUUGGGUUAAGGAGCAUCACCUCAUUGUAAUCUUCCGUGAGCAGCUCAGAUUCCUUUCACAACCAAGAUGUAAACAGCUUGCAGUCCUUGGAUUAAAACACUUGUCAGAAUCUGGUAGCUUACUUAUUGGUGAUGGAGAAUCCGAGCCAUUACCUCCAAAUGGAUUCUGUUCGUCUAUGGUGUUCAUGUGCGGAAGAGCAUCUCCCGAGUUCUCAACAUGUCCAAUACACAAUGCACCUUGUGAAGAAGACAAUGAGCUGUGCUUGCUCAAGAACGACUGCGUUAAACCCUUGGUUGAUCUCCUCCUCGAUGAGCAGACAGAGGUUCAAAUCGCUGCUGUCGAAGCACUUUCCACUCUGAUCCCAGAUACUUUCCAUAAUUUCAGGCGGGCUGCUGAUGAGCUUGAUCGCCUUGGCGUGGUAGAUGCUGUAGUCAACCUAUUUAUCGAAGUUCGGCCUGGAGAGCUUCAAGAAAAGACUAUAUGGAUGAUCGAGAAAGUGUUAAGAGGCGAAAGCACAAGCCAAAGAUUUGCCCUUAACGAUACGUUAGUUAGGGCAUUAGGGGAAGCCUUGAAGCUUGGAAAUGCUAACACAAGAAAACUUGCUCAAGACGCUCUUACCAACUUAAAGCAGUUAUCUGGUGCUAGUGGGAAGAUUUCUGGUCCGAUGCGUACUUGGAGGUAGUUUAUUUUUCAUCGGUUGUAUUAUGUUGUAUUCUUUUUUUUAGAUAAAAUAUUAUGUUGUAUUCUUCACAUCAAGUUAGUGGGUGUAUUUAGUGAAAUCCACAGCUUUUUUUGUAAAAUUUUUGUCUAUAAACAUUGUAAAUUUAUACUACAAUCUGCUAAUUUAAUGUAGUAAUGUUUACUGCAACAAAGUGGUUUCUUCACUAUUUUAUUCUACCAGAAUCAGCUGAUUUACUGUAGUAAUUUUUACUGCA